AUGAUGUCCAUGAACGGCAAGCAGCAUUUCUCCAUGCACCCGGUGAUGCAGGAGCCCAAAUACUCCACGCUGCACUCGGGUUCCGAGGCCAUGCGCAGGGUUUGCCUGCCGACCCCACAGCUCCAGGGCAAUAUAUUCGGGGGCUUUGAUGAGAGUCUGCUGGCGCGUGCCGAAGCACUCGCGGCCAUUGACAUUGUCUCCCCCGGCAAAAGUCACCCUUUCAAGUCAGACGUGACGUACCACACCAUGAGCUGCGUGCCUUGCACGUCCACUUCCUCCCCGGUGCCCAUCUCCCACCCGUCCACGCUGACCUCCCAUCACCACUUCCACCAAGGCUUAGACGGGGACCUCCUGGACCACCUGUCCUCGAGCAUCGCAAUGAGCGGAAUGGGGGCCCCGGACCCAUCGCUCAUGUCACAGCCUAGCCACCAGCAUCACCUCCAGACCGUGGGUCAUCUACACCAAGCCGUGGCCAUGGGACACCCGCCCUCGGCACACGGUGGACUGUCCGCCGUUAGUAACGUGGAAUCCGAUCCACGGGAACUGGAAGCGUUCGCGGAGCGUUUCAAGCAGAGGAGGAUAAAGCUCGGGGUCACGCAGGCGGACGUGGGGUCGGCCCUGGCCAACUUGAAGAUCCCCGGGGUGGGCUCCCUCAGCCAGAGCACCAUAUGCAGGUUCGAGUCCCUCACCCUGUCUCACAACAACAUGAUCGCUCUGAAACCCGUCCUGCAGGCCUGGCUUGAGGAGGCGGAAGCGGAGGCGGCGAACCGGGAGAAGAGCAGCAAACCGGACUUGUUGAGCGGCAGCGAGAGGAAGCGAAAACGCACGUCGAUAGCGGCACCCGAGAAGCGCUCCCUGGAGGCCUACUUCACCAUCCAGCCCCGGCCGUCGUCGGAAAAGAUUGCGGCGAUCGCAGAGAAGCUGGAGCUGAAGAAGAACGUGGUUCGCGUGUGGUUUUGCAAUCAAAGGCAAAAGCAGAAGCGGAUGAAAUAUUCGGCAGCGCAUUAG